ACGCUAGUUUCGUCAUUUAAAAUGCAGUAAUUUUGCAAAAACACCAGUUCGUGCCGCAGACGUAUAACGCUACAGGUGUGCCCAUGUGGACAUGCAGCUGUACCGGUGGCCAGGUUUUAAGCUGCAGCUUCUGAGAGAGCUGCAGAGACAACAAAACAAUGCCCAAUUCUGUGAUACCCUCUUGCAAACGGAGGGUAUCUCGGUCCCAACUCACGGUUGCAUCCUUGCAGCUCUCAGUCCCUUCCUGUCUCAGAAGCUGUCCGCCUCCCGGUCUCCUCCGUCAGGUCAGAAGUGCCAGAUCCAGCUCCAGGCUGUGAAGGCCCAGACCCUGCUGAAGCUUGUUGCUCUCCUGUACUCUGGGAAGUUGGAGGUAAAAGGAAGUGGAGAGCAGAAUGACGUGUUGUCUGCGGCCCACCAACUUGGGAUCACGGACCUUGUUGAAGGACAGGAACAUGGAGGGGGGGAGGAGGGAGCACCCCAGGAAAAUAGUUUAUGGAGUUGCAGAGAAAAGGCAGAAGCAGACAGAGAGAGAAAUAAAAACAGAGGCAUGCAGGAUGCACAAGUUCAAACUGAACAUGCUGAAAAGAGAGCUACAGCUUCUCCAAUUGAGAAGAGAAGUUGUGUAUCCACAGGCACACAGACUGUUAGAGCUGGUGAAAAGAUGGUGGGCAGUUCUUCUACUCAAUCCGGCCAAACUAAACAUCCAACCCCAGAGCCUGCAUGCUCUGAAGCUCAAAGUUUGGGGUUUUCUAUCUCAGUGCAAUGCCCAAACAUCACUCCUUGCCUACUCGUAUCCAAUAUGCACAGUGGAGCACGAAGCGAGGGACAGUCUACAUUAGACCGGUCCUCUGACAGUGUAACAAAUCCCACGUCAACUUCAGCUUUGCCCAGCAACGUGAUGAGCCUCCCCAUUUCCCUGAAUGACGACUCAAACUCCCCGCCACCUCGGGAAGACAGCGCCAACCAGCAGUCCUCUGAGUCUGGGGACAGCAUACAAGGGUUGGCUAAGGAAGGGACAGGAUUGGAGGACGGGAAAACAAAUGGCAAAACAGCGGAGGAUAGAAUAAAUACAGAGCAGCCGAGCAACACAGAUGAGAUGCUAGGAAAGGAAAAAGGAAAGUCUACAGGGAGGAGGCAUACAAAUAUCGGGAUGAAGAGCCUGGCUAAGAUGAAACAGAUGCAGAAGAUAAUGAAUGGCACAGAGAUUUCUGUCAAGGUGAAGCUGAGGAGAAGGACCAAAGGAGAAGUGUGGGAGGUUGUGCGCAUGCAUGACACCGAUGAAGCCUUGUCAGUUCUGAACUCCCUGAAACAGGAUGGCUCCAACCACAAAAGGCCACAGACAAGCAUUGAGCCUCCUCCCUCCUCUGUCCAGCCAGCCCUCAUUCAUAAACCAGAGACCCAGAAUCUUCAACAAGCUCCCACCGACUCCUCUGAACCACCUUCACCACCCCCCCACUUCAACACCACGUCUGUCUCCCAGCCUCUCUCUAGUGACUGCUUCACCCCAAACCAAAACAACGGCCCCGAGUCGGUCCCACUCGCCCAGCCUCCAGGUCCUGCAGAGGAGUGUGAUGAGCAGAUAGAGAAGCUGUUGGAGGACAUCAUGAUGGGCCUGAACAUCCUGCCAAACUUGGACAGGGACUGCAAGAAGUCUCAUUAUUAUCAACCGAUACUUGACGGCGUGCCGGCCAUUUGCCAGGUCCCCGUUACAGAGAGAGAGCCGCCGCAGAGCCAGGAGCAUGCUGCGGUCAGUGCAGCAGGAUGUAUACAUUACCAGGAUUUUGGGACACCGGUUGAUCACUCAUCAACAGAAACAGGUAUCUAUUGUUACUUGACAGCUCAGAACCAGGCCAGCUGCUCCAGCGUCUCGUCUUUACAGCUGGCUGCUGUGCCAAUCCAGCAGCAGCAGCUGAGCUCUCCUCAGUAUCACUCAUCUGUCCCAGCCAUGGGGCAAAGAAAUGGAACCAGCCCCCAGGACAUGCCAAUGUCCAAAAGUCAAAAUUGUCCAUAUACUGAAGCACCCACAACAAGAUCAGUCCUACCCACAGCUCUCUACUCCAGCAAUCAGAAACCCCUUACUACCGUUACUUAUUACCCAGCAUGCCAGGACCCGUCUUCACAGGUCAAUGAGAACGUUGUACAGUUUUUACCGCUGACCAAUGAAAGUGAGACCCAAUCCUCGUAUCAUUUAUCUUUCAUGGAUGAUGUGCGGCUCCCUCGAUGUCUCUCUCCGUUAGAGGCGUGUCCCUCAGCAGCAAGACCCCAGACUAUCCUCAAUGACUCAACGUGUCAAAGGGAUAAAAUUCCGCCACAGCCAUCUCUGCACGGGCGACCCUGGCUCACACUAAACCACGGGCUGCUACAAUUUCCUCUCAGUGCGAUCACUCAAGGAGAAAAAAAAAGCACGCUUUUACCACAGGAUACAAACUUUAGCUGUCAGUCAAAGCAAAGGCCGAAACCUCUGGAGUUGAGUCCACAAAAAAAGUAUGUUGCACCCUGGACUGUGGAAGAGAGAGGAGCAAGAUCCGCUGGACAUCGAAAUGUGGCUGAACUGAAGUUAGAAUCUAAACAAAGUGACACUCAAGGUGAUGCUGCAGUGUCUAAAAGGAGGAGAAAGCGGACAAGUGAAGGUGAUAUGACAGCGUCUAAAAAAAGGAAGCGAAAGCGCACAAGCCCUCUACGAGAAGCCAGUUCUCUUUUGGCAUACCAACAUGUGAGAGUCAGCGAUGGAACAAAUAAGGGUCAAAUAAAUCUCGGCGUUUGUUCAGUCAGUUUGUCGAGCAACAAUGUGCUGGCGAAGGAAAGAGAAAUGGCCUCUUCUUCUUCGAACGUCCCAUACAAAUUUGUAGGGAAACCCAAUGAACAAUCAACCAUCACAGAGAGUCCAAAAGAGAAAACCAGAGGGCCUGGGGACGUCAACACUGACCGGACACGGGUCCGUACCAGGGCCUUUUUGAAAAAAGCUCAAGAAGUUCCAACUAACUCCGGCAUAGAACAUGUUUUUAAACCCGUUGUCCAUAAAGCUCCAAUUGUGACUGAAUCGGGAGUCCCCAAGCGGGGACGCGGAAGGCCACCGAAAAAAAAGGUUGAACAGAGUCCUCCAGAGAGCUCCCCUGCCAUGACUGAAAGAAUGGGCCACAGUUUAGAAAGAAGCGGAUUGCAAAUUGGCAGCAAUUUGCUGAAGGAGGAGUGUGCAAAAACAAAGAGUGAGUGUAGAAAAAAGAGGAGGAAUAGAAGUAAAGUGGAGGAAAUUCCACUGAAGAAGACGGUCAGUGCUGAGAGCCAUGUAAAGGCUCAGGCAGACAACAAGAAUGACGUGACCCCAGAGGGGAAGACAUGUAGGACACUCAAACGGCCACCGCUUGUCACUCUGAAGGAGAUUGAAAAGCUCAUCAAACGCCAACACUCAAGAACAAGGAAGUCCUUAGAAAGCCAGGGCAGGAAAACAAGUGGAACUGCAAGGGAUGCAGAAAGUGAAGGAAAGACAUGCGGGGGCAGAUCUGAAGAUUUAACCGAGGAGACAGAAUUGGACAUUGCUCAGGCUCGGAACAGGGACGGGAUUAAAGAGCCUCGCGUACGCUUUCAUGUCAAAACUGAUAAAAAUCACAAUCAAAUUUUCUACAAAUCCCAGCAAGAUGAUAAAUGCAGCUCUACUAGUAAGGAGACCAGUGUGUUUGGGGACGGGUCUUCCUUUGAUGCCUUGGGAGACGAGGGGGCCAAGUUAGCAGCUGAGAGGGAGCAGCCACGGAAGGAUCCUGAUGAAGCACAAAAAGCCUGCGAUACAGUGCUGUCAGAUACAACCCAGCGGACUGCUAUCAGAGACAAAGGCUCGGCCCACCGUGACCCCCCCCUGCCUCAAGAAGACAAAAUGCCUUCGGAGCACAAACGCCUGCUCCAAACGCCUGAGAAAAUUGGUCCACCUCCGCCUGAAACUGUUAGGUUUGGCAAGAGCUCGGGCUGCGAUCAAGCAGACAACGAGGAGGUGGAGGUGGACGUUCUGCUGUACUCCCCAGACAAAGUCCCUCAGACCAGAGAGUGUGUGAAUGGACUCAACAACAUGGACAUAACUCCGGAGGACGAGGAGGAGGAGGAGGAGGAGGACGUAAACGAGAUUGAUGUAACUGGAGACGAGGCAGAGUAAUCAUUGUAUCUGUGCAUAGUUUUUACUAUGUUGUGUAAAUAGUUAGCCAGGCCCAACGUUCUCUCUGUUCUGGUUUUAAGUGUGUUCAUAGAGACAAAGUCCAGUUUGCUGUGAAGCUGUGUUUAAUAGUUUUUUAUGUCCUUCCUUUUCUGUUUUCCCCGUCAGUCGGUGUCUGGUGAUUAUAAGCUUUGUACAUGCAAGAACCAAUGCUGGGUUUGAUCUUUUUAUUUAGUUCCCUAUACAAGCUUCAAAUGGAUGUUUAAUUUCCAUUAAUAAUACGCUGAAGCAUUGAUGACAAAUAAGAAAAAAGUUCUUAAUGUUGUUUACAUCCAUAUUUUUACAUUUUCAGUCGUUUGAAUGAUCAGACUGAUUAAAGUAACAGCAAUGUCACUAUAAGUAACUAUUAAAAGAAAAUAAAUCUUGUUUUGAGCCUGUAUUUGUAAAGCUAUGUUUUGUGUAACUUUCGUAAUUAUGGUUUAUUAAAAAGUAAAAAUCUGA